AUUCCUUUUAAAGUUUUUUCCAUCUCUGUCUCCGUUUCUCUCCACAAUUUCCUCUCCCAAAUUGGCAAGCUUCACAGUCUAUAUUUAUCUUUCGAAUUCGAGUAGAUAGGGCUUUGUUUGGAGACGCUCCGAGACGGCGUCUUUUUCGAGGUUUCUCCGCUUGUUUUCCGAGCGAUCCGUGCAGAGAAAUCGGGAAAAGUGGAUUUGGGGGUUUUGUGAUCGGAUUUAGAUAAGGCAGAAGAAAUGAGUAAACUUUUGGAAAUUCAACCUAAAGAACUGAAUUUCACAAUUGAAUUGAAGAAGCAAAGCUCAUGCUCAGUUCGGCUUGCCAAUGUCACCAACUAUUAUGUUGCUUUUAAGGUUAAAACUACAUCCCCUAAGAGAUACUGCGUGCGGCCAAAUGUGGGUAUUGUCAUGCCAAAUUCAACUUGUGAAUUUGCAGUCACAAUGCAAGUGCCACGGACAUUUCCACUUGAUUUGGAGUGCAAAGAUAAGUUCUUAAUCCAGAGCACAAUUGUUUCUCCUGAGACAACUGAUGAGCAAAUUACAGCGAGCAUGUUUGUCAAAGAUGGGGGGAAAUACGUUGAAGAAAAGAAAUUGAGAGUGAUACUUCUCAUUCCGCCUGACUCGCCAACACUGUCACCAAUCAAUGGAGCCUUGAACCAGGGGCUGGGCCGUGAAACUUCUUUUUCAAAAGAUCAAUCUUUGAAUGGAGUUGAAAACACAUCCAAAUCGCACAUGGUUACCAAGGACGUGGAGUCUGUACUGGUUAACAUCAAGGAGUCAAAGCCAGCUGAGGAUAAAUUGAAGCCAGUGAAGAAUGUGGAGUUUAAGCUAGAAAAUGAUGUAAAGGAAUUGAAGCCGGCAAAGGGUGUAGAGGAAUUGAAGCCGGCAAAGGAUGUAGAGGAGUUGAAGCCGGCAAAGGAUGUAAAGGAAUUGAAUCCAGCAAAGGACGUAGAGGAGUUGACUCCAGCAAUGGGUGUUGAGGAAUCAAAACCUGUAAAGGGUGUAGAGGUAUUGAAUCUGGCGAAAACUGUAGAGGAUGUCGAGGAGUUGAAGCUAGCAAAGGAUGUGGAGUUGAAAAAUGUAGACAUACAGGAGCUGAAGUUAGUCAAAGAUGUAGAGGAUAUCAAGUCUAAGCUAAGCGAAUUUGAACUAAAGCUCCAGAAGGCUGAAGUUACAAUUUCAAAGCUGCUGGAGGAGAGGAUUUCAAACAUCAAAGAGAGAAAAAUUUUGCACGAGAAAUUAGCGGAGUUGGGCAAAAGAGGUGUAAAAACAGUUCAGGUUGGGUUCCCUCUUCUGUUUGUUUGUAUGGUUGCUCUUAUCAGUGUCGUUCUUGGGUACCGGUUACACCCUUGAAGAACCCUAUGCUUGAAGACGAAGCUAUUAUGUAAAGCCAGUAUGUAGGAAUAUGGGUACAAAGAUUUUCUUUCCCUCUCUUUACAUAGAGGUGGAAAGAAAGUCAUUAUAUGGUGGUCAGUAUGUUAUGUAAAAGCAAAUGAAAUCUAGGAGUACCUACCAAGUGUGUUCUGCAUUCAUAUAUGCUCAUUUUUGCUUCAAAAACAAAACAAAACAAAACAAAAGGCGUGUAAAGAUUUCCCCCCCCCCCCUCACUUGGGUUCAUAGAUAAGAAGGUUACUCUUUGUUUGAUUAUGAUAGAUGCCAGAUUUGCUACCGGACUGGGACUGAAAUUUGUAAAUUGAGUAUGUUGUUUAUACAGAGAGCUGGAAUAUGAUGCUUUA